UACAUAAACAUUCACAGGCUCCCUUCUCUUUCCCUCUCUUGCUUGCUCGAGCUUUUCAGCCUUUGAUUUUUAUUUAGGGGUAACCUCUCUCUCCCUCUCUGGCUUCCCCUGAAAACUAUUUGUAUCAGAGAGAAAGAGAUACAGAGACUAGAGAUAGAUAUAGAGAUCCAAAACCAGAAGCAAUCUUUCUCGGCUUGCUUUCGUGUGAAGAUUGGUAUCCGUUUUCUACGGCAAACUCACGGCGGCGAUCCACUCUUCUUUAUCUCUUCUAUCUUAUUCAGAAGGAACCUAGAAGUUUGUCUCUGUCUCUUUGAAGAAUGUGAUCCUGUCUCUUCAAGGGUAGUGAAGCGUUUGUUGUUAUUGUAAAAGUUGAUAGAGAGAAAGAGAGAUGAAGAGGGUUAGAGAAGAGGGUUACGUUGAUACUCAGACACGAGGACAUACUGUUUCCUCUCGUGGAGAAACAAAUGGUAGUAGGCCUUUAACGAUAGGUGGAGGAGGAAACAUGGGAGGGCUAACAACAGGUGAUGCGUUGAGCUAUCUCAAAGCUGUGAAGGAUAUGUUCCAAGAUAAGAAAGACAAGUACGACACUUUCCUUGCACUCAUGAAGGACUUUAAAGCUCAGAGAGUUGACACUGAUGGCGUCAUAGCAAGAGUAAAGGAGUUGUUCAAGGGCUAUGACGACUUGCUUUUGGGUUUUAAUACCUUCUUGCCUAAGGGGUACAGAAUAACCCUUCCUGAGAAGAAGCCAGUGGCUUUUGGAGAAGCUAUUGAGUUUGUUAACAAGAUCAAGGCACGGUUUGGGGAUGAUGACCGUGCGUAUAAAAGAUUUCUGGACAUCUUGAAUAUGUAUAGGAAGGAAGGCAAGUCCAUCUCCUCUGUCUAUCAAGAGGUUACUCUGUUGUUCCAGGGCCACGAAGAUCUGCUUGCUGAGUUUGUUAAUUUCUUACCUAAUAAGUCAGGAUCAGGUUCUGCUCAAUACCCUCUUUCCGGAAGGAAUGCAGUCCCCGCCAUGCAUUUUGACAAGAGAAUAAAAAGUGGGAGCAGGCCUGAUGAGUAUACUGGUCAUCCUGAUCAACGAGAAGAUGGUGACGAGAAUCUUGUGGCUGCUGAUAAUUCUCGGGGUAAAUCCCUUAAUCAAGGUCAAUGGCCGGGAUACCGACAGGCAGAAGACAACGAGGUUGGUCAUGAAAAUGUAGUCUUUGGCAACGGAAGCCAAAGGAAUAAUAUGGUCAAGGGUAUAAAUGAACUGGAUCUUACUGACUGUGUACAAUGCACACCAAGCUAUCGUCACCUGCCAGAUGAUUAUCCCAUUCCUAUUUCAAGCUACAGAAAUUCACUAGGUGAAAAGGUACUUAAUGAUCACUGGGUAUCUGUCACAUCGGGGAGCGAAGAUUACUCAUUCAAACACAUGCGUAAAAACCAGUAUGAAGAAAGCUUGUUUCGGUGUGAAGAUGACAGGUUUGAGCUGGACAUGUUAUUAGAGUCUGUGAAUUCAGCCAUUAAGCGUGUGGAAACUCUUCUGGAGAAGAUCAACAACAACACAAUCUCUACAGAGACACCAGUUUGCAUCAAAGAACACUUAUCAGAGCUGAACCUACGAUGCAUUGAGCGGUUGUACGGAGAUUAUGGGUUUGACGUUAUGGAUAUUCUGAAGAAGAAUUCCCAUAUUGCCUUACCGGUGAUACUAACUCGCCUGAAGCAGAAACAAGAAGAAUGGGCUAGGUGUCGCUUUGAUUUCAGCAAAGUAUGGGCUGAUGUAUAUGCUAAGAAUCAUCACAAAUCUCUGGAUCACCGUAGCUUUUAUUUCAAGCAGCAGGACUCCAAAAAUCUGAGCACAAAAGGUUUAGUGGCAGAAAUAAAAGAUGUCAGUGAUAGAAAGCAUAAAGAAGACCCUCUUCACGCCAUUGCUUUCGGAACUAAGCCCUCUUUCACCCCAGACUUGGAGUUCAGUUAUUCUGAUACACAAGUUCAUUCUGACCUUUAUCAACUAAUCAAGUAUUACUGCGAAGAAAUAUGUGCUACUGAACAGUCGGAUAAAGUAAUGAAGCUGUGGGUAACCUUUUUAGAGCCCAUGUUUGGAGUUCCCUCUAGGUCUCAAACUGGUCAGGUAAUGAUAGAUGUGGCAAAGUCUAAAGACAACCAAGAGCAGCAAGAUGCAUGUAAGGCAGUGAAGGAUGACGUUUCUCUUGUCUCAAACCUAAAACUUCCAACACCUCCAACAGCACCUAACAAAGAAAACCCAAUAUUACAAGGAAGAUCUGUUGGACAAGAAACCAUUCAGCAAGAUAAACUCCAUGUUAGCGCAGCUAUGAAUAUUGAGGAUAGCCAGCCUCACAAACUGGUGUCACCACCUAGAAAGGAUUUGUUAAUGGAGGGUAUAGAGAAUCGUAGUAAGGUUAGUGAUGUAAUAAUGGGAGAGCACAAGGUUGAGCGAGAAGAGGGUGAGUUAUCUCCCACUGAAAGUUAUGAGCAAGACAAUUUUGAGGUUUGUGGAGACAAUGGCGCUGAGGCUGUUCAGAAACUGCCAGACAAUGUAGGAAGUAAUAAAGAGAACAAAGGAGGUGCAGUCUGUGCUGAAGCUGGAGCAAUGAUCAUUACUUCCCUUAAAGAUGAUGGAAAUAAAACUACUCAAAAGUUGUCAGAAGCCAAUGAAAAUGCCUCUAAAGAUAUUGCCUCGGGAAGCAAGUUUGGUGGUCAAGUUUCUUCCGAUGAAGAGCAUAAAGGAGCCUACCCGCUUGAUAGUGUGAUUGAGAGCGAAAAUGAGGCUGUAGGGAUGAUUAAUUCCAAUGGGAGUGAAGAUGACUCCGUUCUCACAUUUUCAGAACGGUAUCUGCAACCUGUAAAGCCCCUUGCAAAGCAUUUGCCUGUGACACUACAAGUUAGUGGAAAUAACUCCCCGAAAGAUUCUCAAGUUUUCUAUGGAAAUGAUUCCUUUUAUGUGCUUUUUAGGCUUCAUCAAAUGUUGUACGAGAGAAUACAAUCUGCAAAGAUACAUUCAGAGAGGAAAUGGAAAGCUCCAGAUCCAGACAAGACAUCUCCUGAUUCUUAUACGAGGUUCAUGGAUGCUCUCUAUAAUUUACUUGAUGGCUCGAGUGAUAAUACAAAGUUUGAAGAUGAAUGCCGAGCUAUUAUUGGAGCUCAAUCAUAUGUUCUCUUCACAUUGGAUAAGCUAGUUCAAAAGUUUGUCAAGCAUCUUCAUGCAGUUGCAGCUGAUGAGACAGACACCAAGCUACUGCAACUACACACAUAUGAGAAGUACAGAAAACCGGGAAGGUUCUUUGAUAUAGUGUACCAUGAGAACGCACGAGCCCUUCUCCAUGAGCAAAACAUAUACCGGUUUAAAUAUUCUUCUGCACAAACCCGUCUGACCAUUCAACUUAUGAACAGCGGGAACGACCAGCCUGAGGUUACAGCUGUGGCAGUGGAACCAGGUUUUGCAAACUAUCUACAGAAUGAGUUUCUUUCGCUUGUUCCUGAUGAAGAAAGGCCCGGUCUAUUUCUGAAGAGGAACAAGGCGAAAAUGAGCGGUCCAGAUGAAUCUUCAGGAAUGCCGCGUGCAAUGGAAGGAUUGAAGAUUAUCAACGAGGUCGAAUGUAAGAUGUCUUGUAGUUCUUCCAAGGUUAAGUAUGAACCAAACACAUCAGAUCUUCUGUAUAGAAGGAAGCAGAAGAAACCAAAACUGAAUCCAAAUGGAAUUGACAAGGAUAAAACUCCUGGUAGCAGUGAAGUCUCGAGAAAGAAAAUAUUGCGUUUUCACAUGUGUCUUAACCGUAGACUCGUUGCCUUGCCUCAAUAACGGCUUCGUGCAUGUGUGAAAGUUCUUGGCUGAGAAAUGCAGGCAUCAGUUAGUGGUAGAUACUAGAGACCAAAACUGGCUUUGAAAGAUUCUUGCAUCAUAUUGGCUCAAAGACAUUCAUAUGGCAAACGUAAUUUUUCUUAUCCUUCUGAAGCUGCCAGUUUUGGUGUAUAGUGUUAAGUUAUGUACCAGACAAAGGCUAAAAUUCGGAGAUUUUCAAUUCCUUUCAUUGAAACAAAUGUUGGAUAUUCCUUAUAAUAUUAUGUUUCUGUUUCAGUUCAAGCUUCUCAUCUUUUCAUUUAAAUUCAUUUUAUCUAGUCAUCAGUCAUCACUGUUUCAGUGCUAAUCUUUUUAGUAAGAGUGUUUGUUCAGUUUGGAUCAUUUAAACAACAAAAUGUUGGAGUAAUAACUAAGCAAU